UUGGAACGGUUACACGCAACAUACUGGCCAUUCAGACAUCGUGUUGUAAAGAGGUGGAUUUACAAAGCAUUGAUUGCUAUUACUUGGAUUAUAGCUGGAGCCAUCUCAUUGGCUAAUAUUACUCUUAGAGUAUUAAGGGAAAUGUCAAAGUAUCUUUAUUUAUGGAAUCUGUUCAAUGCCUUCUGCUUGACGAUAAUCUGUAUCUCUUACACCUCAAUUUAUGUCAAAGUUCGUCACGGUGCGCAAGGUCUGUAUCAUAACGCUGCCACGAGAGAAAGAAAACUGACAGCGACAUUGUUCAUUGUAACAUUUCUUUCUCUUUCGUUGUGGCUUCCUUACUUUGUAACCUGGGUUGUCAUGGAAGCCUCUGACUAUUUGGUAACGCCACCUUUUCGUUUAUUUUACUUUUUCAUUUUUUUAUUUCACGCGAACUCUCUCAUUAACCCCAUAUUAUACCUUAUCAAAAUAUCAGGCUAUAGGAGAGCUUUCAUUGCUCUAUUUAGAAUACGUUGUCAACAGCAAAGACGAGGUCACGUUUUUCCUAUUAAUGACAUAUGAUAUGGAAAUUAUUGAGUUGAAUUGAGGCUUAGCAAUUCAUGAAAAAUUAUUGAAAAGGCCUGACUUUUGCAUCGAAAGGGAAGAUGGAGGGAGCAUGCUUUUAACUUAAAUCGAACUAGAUUAUUUGCCCAUCUUCUAGGUUUCUGGGCAAAAUGUGUCUUUACUUGAAGCUGUGAAGCGUUUUAUGGUAGAGCUGUUUAUAUUUCUCAAAGAUCUAAGAAUUCAGUUCUGCAGGCAGUAAUUUCUAUAGAACUACGUAAGUUGGUCAAAUAGGUUUUACCAUAAUUGAAGUUUUCACCACAAAUUAGAAAACUGUUAGUCAUUUGAUCUUGACCUUCUGUAACACGCAUAUGAACUUUUUCAUUGGGUAUUGAUAACAGUUUCAGUGUGAUUACGUUGUAAUAACGUGCACGAGAUUUUCCUACACGCCAGCUUCUUUAUUCUGAUAUUGUUUGUAUAAUAAUAUACUCAAUGUCGUUGGAAGAUAUUGUUUUACUCUGUCAAAUGUACAUUCCAGUGUAAAUUAAUAAACAUAUUCUCUGUGGUUAGGAA